AUGCGCUGCGCGAGCGCGCUCGGUGGUGGCAUCGCGAUCGUCGCGAGCGCGCUCGCGCAGCGCGGCGCGCACGCGUCCGGCGCGCACGCAUUCGAAUGGGCUGGAAUCUUUGAGACGCCAGAGAAUGAAUACGUGUGGCAGGCGCAAAAGGUGGCCGAUAAGUACGCCGCCGAUACCAUGAAAAUGGUCAUCUACGACGAAAUCGCCGCCGGACACGACGAGCUCGAAGCCCGCGAGGAUAGCGGUGAUACCGCAAUCGGGGGAGCUUGUACGACGGCUAAGAUACGAGAUAGUGUUUUGACACCUGAUAGUGGGUGUGUCAACCUUGAAUUUGACAACACCUGGCACACGACGCCGUUUAAGAUUAAUACGACUGGCAUCGACGCGAUCUCAAUCUUCGCUGAGCACGUUCCCACCGAGUUCGAGCGCGACGCGCACUAUCUCAAGGACCUCCACGGAGAUGACGUGGUGCCAAAAGCUUCACUUCCCGAAGCAUCCACCGUGAGCGAAUCGAAAUCAAAACCGUGGGCCAACGCCAUUGGGGCGGCAAUUAUCGUCAAUAUCGUCACACUUUCUGGUGUGGUCUUUCUCAUCCCGAGUAUCGCUAAGAAGCAGAAAGCGUACCCUGAAACUGUGAGUUGCACAAUUAACUCGUUUGCCGCCGGCGCACUUCUUUCGGCUGCGUUUUAUCUGAUGUUCUACGAAGCCACGCAUUUAAUCAAACCUGCUGGCUCGGAUGAGGCAGAGCAGACCGCAUGGUGGGCUUCCGCUUCUAUCUUCGGCUUUCUCAUGGCCUACUUCAUCGACUUUGGUAUCUCUGUCGUGUUCCCAACUCUUGGAAAUACAGCGAAGACAACCGAUGCGGAACUUGCAGUCAAAGGCGCUCAAGAUGACUGUGAUACUUGUACUUGUAACUCACACAAGUAUCGCGUUCGAAGUGGUAUCAUUCUUGGAGAUUUCAUGCACAACCUAGUGGAUGGUAUUUUCAUUGGCUUCGGCUUUCUGAACUGCGACAGUACCAUGGGAUGGUCGAUCACCGCCGCGACCGUCUAUCACGAAAUCGCUCAAGAGCUUGCUGACUACUUGGUGCUCGUAGACCCCUUCCAGGGCGAUCUCGCGCCGUUGCCGACGCUGACUUUAAACUUCGUUUCCGGCUUGAGUGUCAUUCUUGGCGUCCUCAUUAGUGUUGGAUCGGGAAAUAACAACGACUUCUGGCAUGGACUGCUGCUCGCCUUCGGUGCUGGAGUCUAUCUGCAAAUCGCCGCCGCAGAGUGCAUGCCCCGAGUAUCAGUGAGCGCCACUUCACCUCGUCUUCGCGCGACGAGCAUUCUCACCUUCAUCGUCGGCGUUGUUGCCAUCAGUCUCGUGCUCCUCAACCACAAGCAUUGCACAGGCGGUGGCGGUGGCGGAGACUCACACGCACACGCGCACUAAUGAGAGCGGUAAAAAAAUGUCAAUUACUAUCAAAUCAAGUUGUGGCAAACACACCCACGGCCACUGACGGAGAUCUAUUUUUCAAGCUAGAGGAUCAU